CCUUACAAUGUGUGUAUAAGGUAGUCCUUGUGAAUUUGUUAGAUUAAUUGUUAGAUAUUACUGCACUGCCAGAACUAGAAACGCAGGCAUUUAGCUACAUUCGCAUUAACAUCUGCUAACCAUGCGCAUGUGAGCAAUAAAAUUUGAUUCGAUUUGAUGUUGCCGUUUUCCUUUACUACUGAUCUGUAGGCUGCCUUGCACAGUAAACUCCCAUCCAGCUGGCGGCCCUGUUGUGUUUCUGGGUUCGUCACCAACUAGAACAAAGAACGUCCUAAGAUUCCUUGACUAGAACACGGAAGUAGGAUUGGUAACGAGUUUUUUUAUUGUUCCUUGUGUGGAGUAAAGAAAGACAUACUUACUGAACUAAAUAGGCUACCCAUCUCUAAUUUUAUUAAAAUGUCUAAACUACAGAUGUUGUGUGUGUUUUUAAACGAGCGUUUAACGGCGGCUGCUGUAGAUAUUUUUGGGGCAGUUGAGAAAACGGUAGAGGAGUACCAGGAGGAGAAUGAUCGGCUACGGAGACUGCUGGGGAGGACACCGGUGAUACCUCUACGUCAAAUAGAACCUGUGCAGCUCUCUGUCUCUGAAGAGGAGGUUCCCCCUGAGCAGCAGCACUGUGAGCAGGAGUGGAGCCCCAGUCUGGGGCAGAAGGACCCAGAUACCAUGCAGAUUAAAGAGGAACAGGAGGAAGUCAGGACCAGUCAGGAGGAAGAGCAGCUUCAAGGUCUAGAGCCUGAUAUCAUGAAGUUCAUAUUUACUCCUUCCUGUGUGAAAAGUGAAUGUGAUCAGGAGGACCCACAUAGAGAUCCCAUACUUGCUGAACACCCAACUCUCCUGAAAAUGUCUAAACUACAGUCGUUUCAAGAGUUUUUAAAUGAGCGUUUAACGGCGUUUGCUGCUGUGGAGAUUUCCGGGGCAUUUGCUAAAAUGAUAGUGGAGUACCAAGAGGAGAAUGAUCGGCUACGGAGACUGCUGAGGAUCACACCAGAGAUACCGCUAUGUAGAAUAGACUCCCUGCAGCUCUCUGUCUCUGAAGAGGAGGUUCCCCCUGAGCAGCAGCACUGUGAGCAGGAGUGGAGCCCCAGUCUGGGGCAGGAGGACCCAGAGCCCAAACAGAUUAAAGAGGAACAAGAGGAAGUCAGGACCAGUCAGGAGGAAGAGCAGAUUCAAGGUCUGGAGCCUGAUAUCAUAGGGUUCAUUUUCUCUCCUUCCUGUGUGAAAAGUGAAUGUGAUCAGGAGGACCAAACCCAGACUGUGGAGAACAGAGAGAGAGACUCUAAACUAGUGGAUCUCAAACCUUUUGUCACUGUGACCCACAUUAAGGGUCUCAACAUUCCCUGUGACCCUCCAGAUAAUCAAAACAAUGCCUCCAGACACAGCUCAGCUGUAAGCAAUGACCCAGUAGGACUUGACAGUAGCCCACCAUUGGAUCCCAGCCCACCAAUGGAUCCCAGCCCAACAUUGGGGGAACACUGUUCCAAACCCAGCACCACGCCUAGAAAAACUCACAGCUGCCGUGACUGUGGUGAAACAUAUGCUCUGAAAGCUGAUCUGCAGAGACACGUGACUCUCACCAAGAAGAGACCCAGUGAAUGUAGAUUCUGCAAGAAACGCUACAACUCCACCUGUAAACUGAAGGCCCAUGUCAGGCUCUGUCACAGUGGUAAACCCUGUGUCUGCCCUGUUUGUGGAAAGAUCUUCAAACAAAAAGGGCAUCUGUCCAGACACAUGAGGAUUCACACAGGAGAGAAACCAUUCAGUUGUGGUGACUGCGGGAAAAGCUUCCGUCUAAAGGGGCAUCUAACCAGGCACAAACUGAUUCACACAGGGGAAAAUCCAUUUAGCUGUGGUGAUUGUGGGAAAAGAUUCAGUCUCAAGCAGCAUCUAACCAGGCACAAACUGAUUCACACAGGAGAGAAACCUUUUAGCUGUGUCGACUGCGGGAAAAGCUUCAAUCUCAAGAAGACACUAACUGAACAUAUACGGACUCACACUGGAGAGAAACCUUUUAGCUGUGGUGACUGUGGGAAAAGCUUUAGUGUCAAGAAGACACUAAUUGAACAUAUACGGACUCACACAGGAGAGAAGCCAUAUAGCUGUGGUGACUGUGGGAAAAGCUUCAGUGUCAAUAGGAACCUAACUAAGCACAAACUGACUCACACAGGAGAGAAACAACAUGGCUGCUCAGUCUGUGGUAAAAGAUUCAUUCAGAAGACUAAUCUGUUGAGGCAUGUCAAAAACAACCACAAAGAAUGAAAACAAGACAAAGGAACAAAGAAAGUAAAUGAGGACAUAGACACAGAGAGGGGACUAAGAGAGUAUUGAGAUACACCCAAGAUCCCCAGUGGACCAACUCUAACUGGUUCUCCUGAUCCUGCUCAGUUCAAUGUCACAGUAAUGAUAUAAUGUGGCUGUUGUCUGAACCUAACAGGCAAUGUUGCUGCUCUUUGUGUAUGAAAUGGACAAUCUGCAGUUCAGACAACCACCAGUUUUUAGGUGAACAACUGAGGGAUGGUGCUGGAGAGUUGUAAACACUCAAAUUCAUAGACGGAUAUCAAAUUUGCCUGUUGCUACUUUGUUCCUUAAAGGAACCAUUAGAGGUGUCCACUACAAUGCAAGAUUUAGUAAGCUAGAGAUUUAGUAAGCUAGAGAUUUAGUCAGCUAGAGAUUUAGUCAGCUAGAGAUUUAGUCAGCUAGAGAUUUAGUCAGCUAGAGAUUUAGUCAGCUAGUUAACUAAGUAAACGUUGUAUGGAGAAAGAGAGAAACACCAAAUGGGCGUGGUCUAAUUGACUCAACGACCAAACAACGUACGUAAGUGUAGAUUUCUUAAUGAGCCAGAAGAUCUCUAGGUAUUUCUGGUUGAUUGUCAAAGUGAUGUAAAUGUUCAGACACAUCUUUGGAUGCCAGGACUGAUCACCCAUGAGAUCAAAAUAAUAGUUUUAACCAUAUUAUGUGGCUAUGCAGUAUUUGGUUGACAUUUUAGGUUCAUAUGUUUUGUGUUCUGAUGGGGGGAUGACUGUCCAAAGUCCAAGAUUCGAUGUACCAAUCACAGAUUGCCCCUUAAAACCCCCUAGAGUUGAUUGACGCACCCGUGCGUCACAGGGCGACGUCAUUUUGAAUACAGAAUAUCUCCCUGCGUAUUUAUUAUCGUGGCUGCUGCUCCAUCACAGGGCGACGUCAUUUUGAAUACAGAAUAUCUCCCUGCGUAUUUAUUAUCGUGGCUGCUGCUCCAUCACAGGGCGACGUCAUUUUGAAUACAGAAUAUCUCCCUGCGUAUUUAUUAUCGUGGCUGCUGCUCCAUCACAGGGCGACGUCAUUUUGAAUACAGAAUAUCUCCCUGCGUAUUUAUUAUCGUGGCUGCUGCUCCAUCACAGGGCGACGUCAUUUUGAAUACAGAAUAUCUCCCUGCGUAUUUAUUAUCGUGGCUGCUGCUCCGUCACAGGGCGACGUCAUUUUGAAUACAGAAUAUCUCCCUGCGUAUUUAUUAUCGUGGCUGCUGCUCCAUCUCCUCUUUCCGGCGACAUGAAGUGUGCAGCUAUUCAAUAACACGGUAACUCGUGAAAGAGGACAGGAGAAGCUCUGGACAAGAAAAUACUCACAGAAUCAUGUGUUAAUCCCAAACCGUGAUGUCUGAACCUAUGAUGCAAACUAAUGUCACCAAUGUCGAAAGGAGAGACUUUGUUUGGCUCUAUGACAUCUACAAGUCUAAGUGCCCUCUGAACUCUGUCAACGGACUACGUCAUUUUCAAGAGGUGUCACAAAAAAACGACUGUCCCGACCAA